GGCUAUUAAACUAUCUUCACUCCUUCGACGUAACUUCUGACCUACUGCUUCUUUGCCCGUAACAUAUGGCGUCUUCGGGAUCAAAGCGGCUCGGCUUGACAAUAUUAAACUCAAGGCAAAUGGUUUAUAUCUGCGAUUCGAACCGGUCCAUUCAAGGUAUCUAAACCAGCAGGCUUAGGGUCGUUUCUGGGGGACAGACGGUAUUCUUUUGGUGGAGUUGUCUGUGACUGGUCGGGGCUGGCGCCUCCGGUUGGAGCUUGGGGGCGGUAUAGGUUGAGACUUGCCUGUUCAGCUACAACUUACAGCUGAAAUCCUGUCUAUCGAUCGCAAGAUGCAUCAUUCGUCUGAGGAUUAAGAAACCGAUGGGUACCCCGCUUUCCCACAUGGAAGUAGGGUGAGAGCCACGUCUGGUUCCCUUUUGGAUUGACUGGCCAAUUUAAAAGAUGAGUGGUGGGAAAUCAGCCAGCGAUAGUUCUCCCCACGCGACCGCCAAGAUCAGUCAUCUUCAGAGGUCUCAUUGAACAUGGUUAGGUUUCAAGAGCACUGUGGAAAACUACAAACCAAAUUCCUAUUUCAGUCUUCAGGACGUAGAAUGAUGACCGUCGCAUAGGGUUGGCUAAUAGUAGAACUUGGGUUCUAAUUCAUCCAAGAUGCAGCGCCAUCUACUCUCUACCUUUCUCGUGACGACGCUAGCAACAGCUGCGCCAACAACAUUCUCCCUUCCUCCCCUCCCAACAUUAACCGUGGGCCCCAAAACACCAUCCAAUCCUUUCCCCGUAAGCGCAGCUCGCGAUCCGUCGAAAGUAUGCGUUGUAGAUCCUGAAGUCGCAGACGCCGGGCCAGCGCUCAUUUCCGCGGCGCAAGAAUGUAAUCACGGAGGCACGGUAGUCUUACUGCCGGAUACGGCGUAUACUAUUGCGUCGCCAACAGAUUUAACGUUUCUAGAGAGCAUUGACAUCUUGAUCCUUGGAACGGUCGUUUUCAAAGACGAUGUGGAAUACUGGCAGACGACGGCUUUUGGCUAUGCUUAUCAAAACAUCCAUCUCUUCUGGAAGUUUGGCGGGCGCGAUGUUAAUAUCUAUGGCUUGGGAAUUGGACUUUUAGAUGGUCUCGGUCAGACAUGGUGGACGGCAAAGCGAAGCAACGAGACAGUGUAUAGGCCCAUCAUCUUCGCUACGGACGGACUCGUCGGUGGUUCGGUCUCGGGACUUAAUAUGAAGAAUUCACCAAAUUGGUUCAAUGUCAUCAUGAAUUCGAGUGAUGUCUUGAUUACAGACAUCAACAUUUGGAAUGAAGUUACGAACUCGAGUUCUCCUCCAGCCAAUACAGAUGGAUGGGACACAUAUCGAAGCACCAACAUCGUAAUACAAAAUUCGACGAUCGAUAACUAUGACGACUGCGUAUCCUUCAAGCCAAACUCAACCAACAUCAUCAUCCAAAACCUCCAAUGCAACGGAUCCCACGGGAUUUCCGUCGGCAGUCUAGGUCAAUACCAAGGCGAAUACGACAUAGUAGAAGACAUAUACGUCUACAACAUCUCCAUGAGCAACGCAUCAGACGGCGCAAGAAUCAAGAUCUGGCCAGGCGUGCCGCCGAAUACAACGGGAUCGAAUUCUGGCGGCGGAGCGGGAUACGUGCGCAAUGUCACGUAUGAGUUAUUCUACAAUCAGAACAAUGACUGGGCUAUAGAAUUGACGCAAUGCUACUUCGCUGAAAGCAAGGAAGCAUGUGCUAUGUAUCCAGCCGUACUACAAGUAGAAGAUAUAUUCUUCAAAGAUUUCUACGGGACGACAUCGGCCAAGCACGACCCGCAAGUCGGCAGCCUCGUAUGCAGCGAUCCUAGUGUAUGCAAAAACAUCCGCGCCUCCAACAUCGCCAUCAUCCCACCGAGCGGGAAGACAGCAGAAUGGAUAUGCACGAACAUGGACAAAGGGCUACUAGACAUCAACUGCGUAGCCGGAUAAUGAAACUAAAGCUACAUUCACUUCUAUUACUACGUAUUGCAUUCCUCUUUAGCGAUCUACUUAUUUAUCUAUUCAUCUAUCUAUCUAUCUACUUACCUGGUGAAAAUUGCUGUAUGAUAGUCAGGAGGAUUGCGAGGGGAAAAGUAUAAUAAAUACUUAAUAAGCAAUUUUGAUACCGGUACUCCUGUGCAGUCUGAGUUAGAGUGUAGAUUGACUCCGGCCCCUAAUUAGUUGGAGCCUUUUCAAACAACCUUAGCAGUGCCAUAUGCUGAGUAUUUCCUUGUAUCAUAUGUUAUUACUACUAGUCUUG